AACUUUGGAUUUGACCAUUUUUGUUGUCGCUGUUGUUCUCAGACAUCCACUCGCAGCCCAAUGAGGGAAUAACUGUCGGGUCUAUUUUUGUUUCUUUUUUAAUUUCAUUCAUUCUGUUGUAUUCGUUUUUGUUUGUUUGUUUGUUUGUUUGCUUGUUUUUCUCCUGCGCUUCCGCUGAGAGAGAGAUGCCAGAGGAGGACUCGUGCUCUCCCGGAGCCUCUCCGCCGGACAGCCUGAGCUUCAGCGACGGAGAGCAGCACGAGCGGCCGGUCAAGCGUAAGAGGAGCGCGAGGAAGAGGCGUUGGAGCCGCACUAGCGGCGAGGAGUCCGACAGCCCGAGCGCGAGAGGCAAGAAGGCGAGCCUGAGCAGCCCGGGAGGAGAAAGAGGAGGAGGAGGAGGAGGAGGAGGAGGAAGCCCUCCGUCCCUCGAGGAGCUGCAGACUCAGCGCGUUAUGGCGAACGUGCGCGAGCGCCAGCGCACGCAGUCCCUGAACGAGGCGUUUGCGGCGCUGCGCAAGAUCAUCCCCACCUUACCGUCCGACAAGCUCAGCAAGAUCCAGACCCUCAAACUGGCCGCGCGCUACAUCGACUUCCUGUACCAGGUGCUGCAGAGCGACGAGCUGGACUCCAAAGCCGCGAGCUGCAGCUACGUGGCGCACGAGCGCCUCAGCUACGCCUUCUCCGUGUGGCGGAUGGAGGGCGCGUGGUCCAUGUCCGCCUCGCACUGACGGAGGAGUGAGAGAGAGAGAGAGCGAGAGAGAGAGAAAGGGUGACGGCCGUCUCUUCUGGCGAGGCAGACUUGGACCAAAUGUGUGGAGGACAAAAACAAACCGAAUGCUGGAUACGUACAUUCCUGCACAAUCGCAGGGAAACUUCAGCCGAGAGCUUCAUCAUCUGAAGACGGGGCUUUACGGAGAGAAGGCCGCAGACCGGCUGCUCCACCCGAGUGCUGGGACUGUGAAUGGGCCUGUGGGAGUGUUCAGGGAUGGACUGAACUUUGGGAAUACUGGGAAUCCUGGUGGGCUACUCUAGCUGCUGGAUCCUCAACGCACGUCCGAUCACGAUCCAGCUCCCCUCCUGACCACCAACCAAACCAAAGAAACAGUCAGGCACUGCGUGGACGUCUUCAGAGCGAAAGACUUCAGCAGCAGAGCGAAGAACUGGUAGCAUAGCAGCUUGUUUACAAUGGCUAACGUUCUGUAUUAGCAUGGCUCGCAAACCAAAGAAGGUUCACUGGCCGGCAACAACACUGGGAUGAGUUGAACAUUUGGGAUUAUGGGCCGAUUGGCUAAUUGGGUACUUAGCUAUCUAGCUAAGGUAGUUAGCUUAGCUGGGAGAAUGGUACUUUUUUGGUGAUGUUAGCUGCACAGUUUGGUCAUCUUUUGGCUAGAGAGCUCAAUUAGUUAGUUUAGUUUACUGGAAAAACUGGUACUUGUGGUCAGAUUAGCUGCAUAAUUUAUUCAUAUUCUUACUGCAUUUAGGUACACAGCUAGUUAGCUGGCUCAUUUAAUUAGCUUACUUCACUAGAAAAAGGAGUAUUUGUGGUGAUGUUAGCUGCAUAAUUUGGGCUUCUUUUAGGUACUUAGUGAGAUAACUAGCUCAGUUAGCUUAUUUCACUAGAAAAACAGUUACUUCUGGUGAUGUUAGUCACACAAGCAGGUCAUAUUUUGAGUACUGAGCAAGAUAGCUAGCUAAGUUACUUAGCUUAGCUUAGAAAAAGGUACUUCUGGUGAUGCUAGCUGCACAAUUAGUUCAUCUGCUGGGUAUGUAGCUAUUUGGCUAGCUCAGUAACCACAGUGCUUUACUUGUGCUGAUGUUAGCUGCAUAAUUUUCUUUUAGGUACGUAGCUGGUUAGCUAGCUCAGUUAGUUAACUUAUUUCACUAGAAAACAAUACUUUAGUCGGGGUUAAUUGUAUAGUUUGGUCAUAUUCUGGGUACACAGAAAAUGUUUUGUUGUUCAGAAAGGUGGUUAACUGGACUGCCUUAAAAUGUUAGCUUCAGAGUUAGCAUAACUUAAUAGUAAGUUAACAGAACAAUAAUCUUUGUUUAUAUUUUACUAUUUUGAAGUUUAAUGAAGUCCUAUUUUUAAGGCAGCCUGGUUACUAACUUUUUUUAAAAACACCAAACUUUUUUAUUUUUAUUUUUUCCUUAUUAUUAUUUUUUUACAAUGAGCUAGUUAGCUUGCUAAAUUAGCUUAGUUAGCUAGAAAACCAGUUACUUUGCUUGUGGCGAUGCUGCAUGAGCUAAAGUGGUGUAUCUGUAAAGCAAGAUCAAUCCAGGUCAAUUAAUCCCAGAGUUAAAUGAAGUGACCAGUGAGUGUACACUGAAAAGGGGGUGUAAAGGUGGUCCAGGGCCAGAUUUUAAUCCCAGUCCAUCCCUGUGUGUGUGUGUGUGUGUGUGUGUGUGUGUGUGUGUGUGUGUGUGUGUGUGUGUAUGAGGGAAACGCUGCAGUGCCGCCAGAAUCUCACUGAAGAUCUGAAGGGUGCUGAAGUUCAACCUGUGCAAAGUGGGACGUUUAUUUAUUUAUUGAUGAGCAGAGUUUCAUAACCUGUGUCCAAAUGCAUCGCUAUUUUUAUUACUGUUUAUGUAAAUAAAUGUGUAUUUCUAUAA